GGCCGGAGGCGGGGCCGGCGGGCGGAGCGGGCGCGGCCAUGGCGCUGAACCUGGCCAAGAACGGGCGGGCGCUGCAGGAGGCCUACGGGAGCGUGGUGGCCGCGGGGAGCCCCACGGACUGGGCUCUGUUCACCUAUGAAGGCAACAGCAAUGAUCUACGGGUGGCCGGCUCCGGAGAUGGGGGGCUGGAGGAGAUGGUGGAGGAGCUCAACAGUGGGAAGGUGAUGUACGGCUUCUGCCGCGUGAAGGAUCCCAACUCUGGGCUGCCCAAAUAUGUCCUUGUCAACUGGACAGGUGAAGGUGUCAAUGACGUGCGGAAAGGAGCCUGCGCCAACCACGUCAGCACUGUGGCCAACUUCCUGAAGGGGGCUCAUGUCACCAUCAAUGCCCGGGCAGAGGAGGAUGUGGAGCCUGAACUCAUCAUGGAGAAGGUGGCCAAGGCCUCUGGGGCCAACUACAGCUUCCACAAGGAGAGCAGCAAGUUCCAGGACUCAGGGCCCCAGGCUCCUGUGGGCUCUGUGUACCAGAAGACGAAUGCGAUGUCUGAAAUCAAACGGGUCAAUAAGGAUAAUUUCUGGGCCAAAGCAGAGAAGGAUGAGGAGAACCGUCGGCUGGAGGAGAAGAGGAGGGCGGAGGAAGAGCGACAGCGGCUGGAGCGGGAGCAGCGGGAGCGGGAGCUGCAGGAGGCAGCGGGGCGGGAGCAGAUGUUUAAAGCCAGAUCCAGUGAAAUUGAAGCCCAGAAGAGACUCCAGCAGCAACAGGAGGCUGAGAACAGGGACAGGGAGCAGCAGCAAUGGAAGGAGCAGGCUGAGGAGACGUGGCAGCGGAAGGGCGUCAAGAGAAGCGAGUCGGUGGAGAAAGCCCAGGAGGCUGCCACGCUGAUCGCACAGAGAGCUGUGAACCCCCGUGACAUCUUCAAGCAAAGGGAGAAAGCGGGGCCAGGCGAUGCGGGGAUGCCAACACAGCCAGGGAAGCUCCGCAGCCCAUUCCUGCAGAAGGAGAUGAACUCUGUGCCCGGUCCUGCCUCCCCCAGCCGGGAUGUUUGGGGGUCCUUGCCAGCCUCCCCGGUACCUGUAGCUGGACGAGACUCUGGAUACAACUCUGGUGUCCCAGGGUCCCACAUGGAAGAGAAUCUGUAUGAGGAGCCUCCAGAGCCCUUGGCCCUCUAUGAGGAGCCGCCCCGGGAACAAGUUGACAAUGCCAAAUAUGACUACAGGGUGGAGUACCAGGAGCCACCGGACCUGGCGGGGAAGGGGCUCUGUGCACGAGCACUCUAUGACUACCAGGCUGCUGAUGACACCGAGAUCUCCUUUGAUCCUGAGAACAUCAUCACCAACAUCGAGAUGAUCGAUGAGGGCUGGUGGCGCGGCUACGGCCCCGACGGCCACUUCGGGAUGUUCCCCGCCAACUACGUGGAACUGAUAGAGUAGGGGAACUGGUGGGGAUCUGAUGGGGGGGCUCCAGACCCCCCGAGACCACUCAGCUCCUGCCUGAUUCUUCCAAACGACACGUGGCUUUUUCUUCUUCUCUAUUUCUUUCUCUCUCUCAGUGAAAUGCCAUUCCCCAGUCCCUCGGCAGUGGGGACCCGCAGGCACUGCUCCCCUGUCCCCCAUAGCUGCCCUUGAGUGGGUGAAGGAAGGGUCCCAUCCCACCCUGAGCCCACAGUGCUGCUCUCCGCCCCCUCCCUUGGCUUUGGAGUGGGAAGGAGGGCGUGACAAAUCCCUCACAGGAAUUUUCAGGGAACAAAUGAUCUCCCCCCUGUGCUCCCUCCCACCCCGUGACCUUGGACCUGCUGCAGCCACACUGGAGAAGCCACUUUCCCAAUUUUAUUUCAUCGGAAAAGCUCAUCAGAAUAAUUUUAGAAUCCUGCAGGGUCUGACAUAACCAGGAGACGUGAAUCCUGGCUCUGUUCCCCACCAUCCUGAGCACACUGAGCUCACCACUCUGUGAUCCUGUGUUUUCCUCCCCGCUGUUCCCUUCUCUUACCCCAAACAUCCUCCGGGGAUUUGAAUUGGGAGUGAAUAACCUCCCCUGCAGCGCAGAUCCAGCCUGGCCAAGUGUGUGGGACCACCCUCCCCAGCCCCCCAAACUCACUGUGAACAAGGAAAAGCCCAGCCCAGCCCUUCCCCAAUACAGAGUUUCCCACCCUGGUGUCACUUCAGGAAUAGAAGGACAGAAAGGGUUGGGGCAUCGGGGGGGUCCCAGCUCACCCACCCCUCCUUCAGGUGCUGGGGGACAUGGUGACUUCUCUGAGUCCCUCCCCUCGGGCCAUCCCCAGCUACAAUAAAAGGGCUUUUCUUUGGUGAUGGAUGUAGCAGGAUCCUGGUGGGAAUUGAAGAGGAAUGCCAGGGGUUUGGUGUCCAUAAUGCCAGACGUGUUAUCACACUAGGUUGUUGUGAGCAGCGGCCAAGGAGGGGGUAAUUAGGUAUAUAAUUAGUCUCAACACUAAUUAUCUGGGUCUAAUGAGGGAGGAAGCAGCCUGCAGUGGUUGGGGUCCUGGGUGGAGAGGGGCUUUGUGGCUGUGGCUGGUGGCACUGGUGGUUUGAGAGCACUGGGGAUAUUGGGGGUGCAGGGACUGUGGAGAGAGCAGAGGGUGGACAUGGAGCUAUAGUGGAGAUUUGGGAACAUGAGGGAUCUGGGGACAUGGGGGACCCAUGGUGGCAGCCAGAUGGGUGCCACAGGCCAUCUCCCACCCUUCCCAAACACUGGGGGUCAGGUGCUCACACAAGGACCUGGGGACAUCAUGUGGCCGUGGGACAGAGCACUGGUGACACAGGCGGCCCUGCCGUGUGCCACGUGGGGUGGCAUCACACCAGGGUGCUGCAGACACUUCAUCCCCUGCACUGGCAUUGCCCUGUCCUGUCUGAGUCCCCUCAUACCUCCCCAUCCCCAGGGCUGGCACCACACCUAUCAGGACAUGGCACUGUCCCUUUAUUCACCAGGACCAGGGUGCAGGGGUAGAUGUGUGGGCACAGGCAGUGUGGGCACGGGGUGGGCACGGUGUGCCACAGCCACAUGCAAGAAGGUGGCAAAGCUGCAGCAGCAGUGUGGGGGAGCAGUGGCUUGUGGGGAUGGCAUGGGCUUGGGAUGGUGUAGGGAUAGGGAUGGAGACAAGCAUGGGGUGGGCAAAGGAAUUGGGAUGAUGAGAUGGCACAGGCAGGGGGAAGUAGACCAUGAAGAGGUUGGACUCAUUGCCCUGCACCUCGUGGUGGGGGACAGGGCACUCGGCCAGAGGUGGAGAGGAGGGUGCAGGUGCCCUGCUAGUCCUGCAAGAAGUAUUGUAUUGUAAUGUAUGUAUUGUACUCAGGGCUGUACUGGGGGAGCCAUAACAGGCUGGGGAGGCUGGAGUGGGAGUGGGAGUGGAACUGGAAGUGGGGGGCCAUUCCUGGGGGCUGCAUGGGGUGGAUUAGGGGCUGCAGCAAAGGCUCGCUGGGCUGCACUGGGAGGUGCAGGUGGCGCCCCCAGUUCCCGGCAGGCCACAGCAUUGCUGGACAGUGAGUCAUGCUUGGGGGGGCUACGCGUGUGACGAGGGGGGGUCACGCAUGUGACGAUCGCUGGCGGCCUGAGCUGCCACGUGGCCCUGCCACCACUUCAGCCCGGGGAGCCUGCGGGGCCCGGGCGGGUGGGGGACACCCCGUGCACCCCCCCAGCGCCCCAGGGAGCACCCUGGGCAUGCACACCCCAGCCUGAACCUCAACCCUGCAAGCAGGGGGUCUUUUUGGGGGGGGUGUCACGUAUGUGUAAUGUGUGUGCAGUGUGAGCAUGUGCACUG